UGCUCUUCUCUCCCUCUCUCCAAAUCCCUCAUAUUUUUUAUCAAUUCUGAUGAUAAAAAAAUCAAAACACGUGUGAAUAAGACAAAAUAGAACUUUGUUGCAUUUUUUAUAUUUUAAUCAUUUUAAAUUGUAUAUUGAUUAAUCAAAGAUACGUUUCUUAAUUCUUGCUGCAUUAAUCGAAAGCAAUUCAGAAGCUCGUAGUCCUGAAAGUAUUUCUCAAGUGAGCAAUUUAUAACUAGGAAUUUCGUCUAUCAACGGAUACCAACUGGUGUUUAUCAUUAGCACAGUUUCAGGAGACGUUACGAACAUGACAGAGACAGAAUCCCAGUCAGUUAGCUGUACUUCUUCGAUGGGCACGACCAACGAUCAUAAUUACAGUACCAGAACCAUUACUCCUGAAGAAGAAUCUUGGCAAACGCUCAAAAUAACCAAGUCAACGGAUGCCGACGACAAAGAACACGAUUACAAACUAUUACUGGAACACCCGCAAAAAAGCAUUCUCGGCGACACUUUCAUUUAUUGCACCGAACGAGGCGACGAAUAUCACUUAGAUCGAGCGAUCUUAGUCUCUAAAUCGAACCUUUUAGCAAAGCUCUGUGAAAACAAUGCCGAAGUAAAUAUUGAUCAUAUAAUCAGCACAACAAUCCAAGAAGAAGACGUAUUAGCUCUCAUAUUUCAAAUAAUGUACGAAAACGAUUUGAAAAGCUUGAUAAACGAGCAUAAUUUCGUCGACUUGUUGAAAAACAUGUGUUAUCUGGAGAUGGAAAUCGAUUUAGAAGUAUUCGAAAGUUUCAUCAAACAAAUCAUCUUACCGAAGACGGAAUUCUGUUACGAAAUGAUCAAAUUAUACUUAUUCGUGUUGAGCUCCAGAGUAAUCUAAGAAUGUCGAUGCGAUUAUUUGCUACCAAUCGUCAGUCGAUAUUUAUCCAAUCGUUUGUUGGAAGCGUAUAAUAUGAAGGAAUUUCUAGCUGUACCCUUCGAAGGACUCUUUCGUAUACUUUUGAAUACGAACGUUUAUGAACCUGAAGAUAAAGGCUUGAUUGGUCGUAUUUGUGCCGAAUGGAUUUGUCGCGACUUCGACGAUCGUGUCGUUAAAUUGGUUAAAUUGGUGAAUGCCACGAAACAUCGAUAUGGAAUUUUUCACUAUUUGGGUGCGAAUGCGGUUGAAGAGCAGUCGAUAAUUGAUUCUUUGAGAGAAAUAGAUGAAAAUCAUCGAGUAGAAGAGGUCGAAGAACGUUUCAACGAAUUGCUUUCUUACUAUGGAGAUGUUAAAUUUGAUCCUUCGCAGUUGGCUGAUGAAAUAUCCGAUGAAUCGAGAAAUCGUAUUAUAAAUGCUAUCGAUUUACCCGGCAGAUGGUGCAUGUUUCUGGAAAAAGGAUUAUUUCACGACGUCGUAAUCAACGUUCGAGGAGUUACGUACAAACUGCAUCGUAUAAAAUUACUAACGUCUUCGACGUUCUUCCAGGAACUAUUCAUCAAAAGCAGCAAAUCGAUCGACUCCAACGUCAGCGUCAAGUCGGAAAAAUUGACCAUUGAGACGUAUACAUUUGACGAAAUUAACCCAGCAGCUUUUGAAAAAAUAGUCAACUAUAUUUACGGAAAGGAAAUUGAAAUCACUUCGGAAGAUCUGAUCAUCAACGUGCUCAAAGCUAGCCACUUUUUUAAAAUGGAGGAUUUGUAUGACGAAUGCAAUGCGUGGUGCUUACGUUCAAUUAGUAAAAUGACUAGCGCUGUUUUCGACUUAUUUCAGUUCGCCAGCGAGAAAGAAAAGAAUACAGAUCUGUAUGACGAUGUGGUUCAACGUAUUCUUAGCAUGUGGCCGAAAUUCAACGAUAAUGCAUUUAAAAACAUUUCGUUGAAAGUUCUAAAGGAGCUCGUCGCUUUACCCGAUUUAUCUCUGGAUUCUACCGAUGAAGUCGUCGACCUGUGUUCAAAAUGGAUCUUUCACGAUUUGGGAAAAAGAUAUCCUCACAUGUACAAAAUCGCCAAAGCUGUCAAUCGGAAUUUCGCACCUUGUAUCAAACGAAUGAAAUUAGAAACACCCGAUGCUGAAAAUUUGGUCGAAUGUUCGAUAGAAACGAUUAAGAAACAUUUAACCGAGAUCCUGUCGUCUUCGGCGCUCGUGUCUUCGAAUUUCGAUCCGUGUUAUUUGGAAUUCAAGCAUAAACCUCGUUUCAUGGCUACGAAAACAGAAGGAACGUUGAGCAUUAUGGACGAAUAUUUCAACGAAAUUGUCUCGAUCAAUCCGAAAACGUUGCCAGUGUAUUCUUCUCAAGAUAGAAUUUCAAUUAUUCGACAUUCAGCUACAAUGAUCGACGAUAAAUUAUUUAUCCUUUUUAAUACCGAGGAUAAAUUCUAUUUUUAUGUUUAUCUACCGUCGUCGAAAAAGUUUAUUUCAUUGGCUGACGACGUAAGAAUGAAUCCAUUAGACAAUUACGUGAUUUUAAAUUUCAACGGUGAAGUAUCCUAUCUUGAAGAUUAUUCUUCGUUGAAAUAUUGCUUUCAUUUGAAUCGAUGGAUUACAAUUUUGGAACGUGGAUAUUCGCAGAAGUGGUAUACGAGUAAUGGAAAAAUCUUGUUCAAGGUAUCGUGCCAUAGACCACCGCAGCUAGCUUUGCAUUCGUUGGGAGUAUUGAAAGCGUGGUUCUUCGAUGCUAAAGCGAAAACGUGGGUCAAGUUACCUAAUGUUCCUGUUCGGCCAUCAGCUGUGUCCUUAGAUCCUGUCAAAUGGGAAAAUUUACCCAUCAGCGUGAAUGUAAUUGAGAACGAUUUCUGUGUUCUGUUCAAACGAAAAACCUAUUUCUUUCAUUGGAAGACUCAAACUUGGAGUAGUAUCGAUAAUUUGUACCAAGAUUUUUUGACGUUCACUGAGCGUGAACAAAAUAUUCUGUAUAUUUCCGCCGAGAAUGGAGUUCAGUUAUACUCGCCUGUUCAAAAACAAUGGAUCGCUGAUCAACAACUGAAUAACUUCAAGAGUAUUACUCCUAUCCAUACGGUCAUGAAAUAAUGUCCAAGCGAAGUUAUAAUCAUACUUAUUACGAGAAGUAUAUAUUGAAAUUUAUUACGAGCUGCUGAUUUUUUUUGUGAGUUCCUGUGUAUUUUUUUUUGCAUUAAUUAGUAUACCUUAUCUAUUUUGUUUUCAAAUAUUUUUAUUACUUACUGAAUUCUGUUUUGAUACUAAGAUUUAUUGCGCUGAUUCUUUCGAUGUUUUAUGCAUGUUUUUCGCGAUAAAUGAAUUUUUUAUAUCCUA